GUGCACAAUAUAAAAUGCGCCUCUUUUUUUUGAUGGUUGUCAGACGAUUGAAAGUCAUUCAAUAUUUGCCAUCGUUUUAUCGUUUGUAAUUAUUAAUUUUUAUUAUCAAUUGAUCAUGUCACGUUUUAGUUGUGUGGAAAGUGCACCACCGGUUGCCAUAUUUGCAUUGUCCAAAGCAUAUCGUGAAGAUCCACAUCCGAAAAAAGUCGAUCUUGGCAUUGGAGCUUACCGGACGAACGAAGCAAAACCCUGGGUAUUGCCGGUCGUGCGGAAAGCAGAAGAUGCUAUUUUCAAGGACGAAAACUUAAACCAUGAAUACCUAGGUCAAUUGGGAAUGGAAUCGUUUACUCAGCUCGCAACUAAGAUGUUGUUGGGCGAAGACAGUCCAGCAUUAAAAGAACAACGAGCAUUCGGUGUUCAAUCGCUUUCCGGUACUGGAGCGUUACGAAUCGGAUCAGAAUUUCUGAAAAAAUGCGCUGGCUUCCAGACAGUGUAUGUGUCGAAACCUUCAUGGCCAAAUCAUCAUUUGGUGCUAAAAAAUGCCGGUUUUACUGAUGUCCGUACAUAUCGCUACUGGGAUGGAAAAAAUCGUUCUCUUGAUUUUGACGGCAUGUUAGAGGAUCUGAUUCUGGCACCUGAAGAUUCAGUAGUUAUAUUACAUGUUUGCGCUCAUAAUCCAACCGGUGUAGAUCCGACUGUAGAACAAUGGAAUGAAAUAGCCAACGUGAUUGAAAAGAAACGUUUGUUUACUUUUUUCGAUUGUGCUUAUCAAGGAUUUGCAUCUGGUGAUCUAGUUAAGGAUAGCUAUUCAGUCCGGUAUUUUGUCUCUCGAGGAUUCGAAUUUCUUUGUGCUCAAUCGUUUGCCAAAAAUUUUGGUCUUUACUGUCAACGUAUCGGCAAUUUGACAUUCGUUGCAAAAAACGCUGAUGUAUUGACUAACGUUAAAGCCCAGAUGGCUCUAAUUGUUCGCGGUAAUUAUUCAAAUCCACCGGCACAUGGUGCUCGAAUCGUAUCACAUGUAUUAGGCGAUAGUCAACUAAAUCAAGAAUGGCAUGAUUGUAUCAAAUUAAUGUCCGGUCGAAUCAUUCAAAUGCGUAAAGCAUUACGCGACAAACUUGAAGAAUUGAAAACACCCGGCGAUUGGUCGCACAUUACCUCACAAAUUGGAAUGUUCACUUACACUGGUUUAACACCGAACCAGGUUCGACACCUUAUUGAUGACUAUCAUAUCUACCUUCCUAAUGAUGGUCGUAUUAGUAUUUGUGGUCUGAAUACGAAUAAUGUAGAAUAUGUAGCUCAGGCUUUUAAUGAUGUGGUCAUUAAAUAUCCAGAAAAUAAUUAAUAUUCAAUUGAUCGCUGUAGUGUGUUUUGCAUGCAUAUUGAUUAUAUUUUAUUUU